AUGGAACGUUCCAUACCGGCACUACAGCAACGGACGACAUCCUUCAACCCCGAGGCGGCCACCUUCAGUCCUGUAGUUAGCUCUCCCAUCCUGGAGAUUACUGAAUCACUCUCAGCUAUAUCAUCAACAGUAGCUCAGGCUACGACCCCGGUCUUUCCAAUAGCGCCAAUGUUCAACUACUCGCUGUUCCAGGCCUAUGAGAGUAUGCACUCACUUUACCGCAGAGAUCAUCUGACACCGGCACCCGUCCGUCUAGAGGAAUUCCUAACCCCUGAUACGCAAGCCCUGGUCAGGAAGCUGGAAGAGCAUCCCGAUAUUCAAGAAAUACAAGCACCCCACUCGCAAACACAAGAGACCCCACAAAGCACGCAGGCUGUUGCAGGUACUACAACCAAACUGCCUCUUUUCACAUUUCCAACACGACAGCCUCAAUCAGACUACAGCGCAGUGGAUGUCAACGAACUCAGCGCCGGUCUUGGACUUCCGGCACUGAAAGUCGAUGCUCACGAUGAGACGUGUUCGGUCGUAUCUCAAAGAUCUCGACGUUCGCAGGCGAACCCCGGGGCGCUAUAUGGCAAGCUGAUCGGCUGGGCAUUGGAUAAGCCUCUGACCGCCAAAGGCCUUGCAGAAUUUCUACAGAACCCGGACUCAAACUCCCCUUCAGUAGCGCCAGCUGCUGCCUCUUUGAGUUCCACCACGACAACAAUUCGCCAGACCACAGGGGCAACACACUCACCAUCCAGUUUUGACCCAACUCAGAAGCUUGAUAAUGCGCGAACUACUUUCUGGGCUGACACAGAAGCUCCAACCAGGACAACGAAUGCUCCGAAGGGUUCGUCUGCCUUCCAGCACCAACAUCGGCGCAGCUCGAAUUCCUCUGCUUCCUUUCGACACCACACACGAGACACAUCAAACAGAAGGUAUUCUCGACGCGCAUCACGAGCGAAACGUAUGGAUCAGGGGCCCAUGCCCUCAGCGGCGGACAUCUACCCUGAAGAUGCGAACUGGACGCCAUAUGCACCAAUACACGAGGGUGCCGACUAUAUGUCACACCACGGCCAGGCCUUCGAGCAACCACGAGUGAUUGUCGAUAAUACCUUCAAUUGGCCCACACCUGCCCAAGUGUACCGGCCCGAGCCGGCACCCACAACAGCCGACAUUGACGAUGCCGAUACUGACGUCCUCGCUCUAAUGGGCGAACUACCGGUACCUUCGCUGAGUACACUUGAGAAUCUUGGUGUUCUGCAGGAUUCAAACGAUUUCCCUAGUCUCGACAGUCCUUGCGAUUCCCGUGCACUCACUCCGGCUCAAUUUGAUGGGUCUAGGUAUGGAAUGAAGUUUCAUGGCAUCGCGCUGGGUGAUGAGUGGGAGCUGCCCAAGUUUGGUGGCUUUGCAAAGACCGAGUCUUUCAGGGUUCGACCUAGGGAACAUGAUGGUUGGGGAGGUUGGGAGUGGGCACUGAGGAAGGGCUGGGAUGUCUAG